CUCGAGGGCCGGGGUGCGUGCUCAUGCCCCGCUGUCAUUGUUCAGUGUGAGCUUCGUGUGGUCAGCGACUCCCGCCGACUAGGUUUCAGGACCGCUUUGGUACACAGUGGCGUGUACAGUCUGAAAGACACCCAGACAUGGAUACUGAGAAGACUGGCGAAGUUUUAGAUGUUGUGUCAGAAACUCAACAGCAGUCAGAGAGUUCAGUGGAAAAAGUGGUUGUGUCAAAUUUGGAGACUUCAGAGAAGUCUACAGAGCCCGAGAAAUCCUCAGCUACAGUUGAAGAAACUGAGCAGUUGGCAGUGAAUGGCCAUGAUGCAGAGCUAUUGUUCAUGAAUGACAAGGAUGACUCGCCAGAAAUUGUGACAGGAUCUGUAAAGCCUUCUGAAGAAAAACCAAAAAUGACAACCAUGGACUUGCCUGAACAAAAUGAACUACCAGAUGAGUCUCUUGAGAAGGCACAGGAGUCCAAGGAAACUGAAAAACUGCCUGCUGCAACAGAGCAACCACAAAUGGGUGGAUCAACAGAAAAGGUCUCUGACCCAGCUACAGCUUUGAACACAGAACCAGAAAACAUCCUGCUUGAACAGCAGCAGCCAGAGCCAGAGAACAGCCCAGAACAUGUGCCUUUGCAUGAGCCUCUGGCAGAGAGUCCCUCUGAACCAGAGCCAGAGAAAUUGGUAGAAUCAGCCCCAGAAGCUGAACUACCAGAGCCAACGUUACCUGAUCCAGACAAGCUACCAGAGCUGUUGGAUGAAGAACAGCCCAACCAAGCAGAUAGAGUACCAGAAAAAGUUGAGAUUAAAGCAGAGGCUGUUAUGGAUACUCAGCCAGAAGAAGCUGACAAAGUUGUGGAAGAAAAAGAAAUGCCUUCACAACCUACGAAGGAGAUGGAAGAAAAAAAACUAGCAGAGACUGAACCAGCAGGAGUUGGAAAGAAGGCACCGACAGAGUUGGAGGAAGAAUUGGGUGCAGAAAAGCCAAUGGAGGCUGAGAUAAAGUCACCAGGGGCUUUAAACAUAAAAGCUGCAGACGCGGGGAAAGUCGAACCUGAGAAGUCAGUAGAUGCUGGUACUAUGAAAGCAGAAGAAGAGAGAGAGGGUGCAUCUGGGCCAAAAGAAGGAGAAGUUCAAAAAGAGCCAGAGAAAAUCCCUGCUCCAGGUACCCUGUCCUUUCCCCUACUGGAACAGGAGCAGACAAAAGCUGCCCUGCGAGCCUCUCGUACCCUUGUAGUGCUUAGGGGUCUGCCAGGCAGUGGGAAAACCAUCCUGGCACAGGCCAUCGCUGAAAGCUACCAGGACCUUUCCUCGGUCUUCAGUGCAGACGAGUAUGGUGUAAAACCUGAGAAUCCAGAAGCAUCUGCAGAUGGAUACAAAGCUCUGGACAAGGCUGUGGUGGACUGUUGCAGUGCAGGAACGGCAUCCUCCUUGCUAAUAGUGGUUGAUGACACCAACCACACCCAGGAACGUCUGGCCUGUCUGGGGGAGAUUGCUGAGCAGCAGCGGCUGGUGGCCAUUUUCCUGGAACCUCACACAGAGUGGAGCAGAGAUCUGUCACAGCUAGCCAACAGGACUGGACGAGGACUGAAGGAGUCCCAAAUCCAAGCCAUGAAGGAUCCGUUUGAGGAGACAUCCCUUCCUCUUUACUUUGGUUGGUUUCUUUUUCCCACAGUCCAGGAAAAGGUCCGGUGCACAUCUAUGGACUUCCUGAAAACAUUGGACACUUUGGAUGCCUUCAAGAAACACUUGACUGAUUUCACAGGGGAAACUGAGAAGGAGGUGGAUCUAGAGCAAUAUUUCCAGGCAAAAGGAAGCCUCCAUUGCACCACCAAAUUUUGUGACUAUGGCAAGGCAGAGGGAGCCAAGGAGUAUGCAGAGAUAUCGGCUGUUAAAGAACUUUAUAGCUCUGUGUUCGAGCUGUCUCUGACUGCUCUCUUUGUCACACCUCGUACCGUUGGCGCCAGAGUUUCACUCUCUGAGGAGCAGCUUGUGCUGUGGCCUGCUGAUGCUGAGAAGGAGGCAGAGGCUGCCAUCCCCAAAGCCGCCUCUCUGCCUCCAGGCAGCCGUGCCCACAUCACUCUGGGCUGUGCCGAGGGCGUCGAGCCAGUUCAGACAGGGCUGGAUCUGCUUGAUAUCCUGGCUUUGGAGCAGCAGGGGGAGGUGUUGGAGGAGAUGGAGCUGGGAUCCCUAUCCUAUUACGGUAGCGGAAGGUGGCUGCUGAGCCUGAGAGAGCCCAUCUCUGUCAACGCCUGCUUCUCCAGUUUCUAUGGGCCCAAGAAGGUUGACCAGACCAAAAAAGAGGCUGAGAAGAAAAAGAAGCCAAAGUGCACCAUACUGUAAAGGGUAAAGGUGGGAUGUGUAGCUGGGGAUGACUGGUGUAAUAAUUUUAGGUUUACUCUGUGGAAGGUUUGUGUGUUUGUGCUAUGUUUAGGGUUUCUGAUAUGACCACCCUAAAUUCACAAGCUGUGUGCCUUUUUCCUGUUGAUUUGCACCACAACCCAAGAUGCCUUGAUUCCAUUUAGAUCAAGCUUUUCAAUAUCUUGUUAUGCAUAUCAGUGCCAGAGUUACAGUACCUUGCUAUUUACCUAGAAGGGGUGCCAUUAGAUGCAGGAUUUGACAAAGGUAGUACAGCUUCCCGCACCUCAAUUUUUGUCUGGAACUAUUAGAUUUCCUCCUCCAUAAAUGUCAGUGUUCAGGAGCGUGAAUAAUGCACUAGGUAUUUUCAUUGCAUGCAUCCCAGGUUUAACAGUAUAUCGGCUUUAUCAUAGUUCAUACAUUUUUCUCAUCUAAUCAUAAAUAGCUUAGCCUCUUCAAUGGGCUUCAAUUUGACAGUUUUCUGGGGUUAAGUAGGGAGUUGAUAGGCAGCUGUCAUUUCUGUGCAAGUGUGUGUGUGUAUAUGUGUAUCUUAGGAAAUUGUCAUAGUAGUAUAUGGUCUAAUGUUAUUCAUCUGGAAGUGUAUUAGAAUGAAUGUCAUUUGUAGAGGUCCUUCCUUAAAGAAUAUUUGCAUUGUGAAAAAGGGAGAAUGCUAAUGAAUUUGGCAUUUGUUACAUUAGUUUGCACUUAGUAUUGAUCAAAUGCUGUGAAUUCAAAUCACUUUUUGCAAUCCUUUUCUACUGCGCAAGACUGCGCUAUUGAUCCCUAUCACCCGGUCUGUAAAACCUAUUGUUUCUCAAUUUUAAACUUGCAUACACUUUGACUGUCUUUUUUUUUCUUUUUUUUAAUACAACACCCACAACUUUAUUCUUGCAUGUCAACCACUCACAGCCUUUGUUCUUUUGGAGUGCAGAGGUCAUAAAAAAAAAGGUCAACUUAUAUAAGACAGUAUCCAUAAAAACCAAUGUUCUGAGCUGAAAUUGGCUUCCAUGACCAGGUGAGCACAUUGGAUUGUUCUACCCAAAAAGCUUCAGCUAGAAUUAGACCAUUUUUAAAAAAAAAACUAGUUUGCAUCAUGUCUUUACGGGGAGCACUUUAGGGCACAAAUAAAAAAAAACAUAUAUAAGUACAGAAGUCACACCUAUGUAGAUACUAAUGACUAAGCGAUUUUUAAAUCACAAGAGGUUAAGAUAUAGAUAUAUUUCUAGCCUUUGCAGGGGAAAAGCUGUUGCCUUGAGAAAGCUAAUUCGGAUCCAAGUAAACCCAAGAAUCAAGCACAAUCCCAGUUGCUCACCUUCUCAGCCUCAUAUUCAUUCAGGUAGUCCUGCUUCUCCUCAGCAGUCAACUCCCUCCACAUUCCUCCAGUGAUCUUUCCAAUCUCCCACAGCUUCAGUCCUGGGUUAGAUGCCUUCACCUGGUCCCAAACCUUCCGGCUGUACUUUAUGUAAGGCAUCAGGAGCUUGUCUGGAGGUUUAUGGGGGCUUUGGGAUGGUGAUGCCCAAGGAGUUCCUGCUGGAGCCUCCGGAGCUCCUUCCCAGCAGACAUUAUUGUAGGCCAGAUGGCUGUGAGGGUUGUAGCCCACAAACCCUGUGGUGGAAGGCCUUUGUGUUGUGGGGGCUGGAGGAGGUAGAGGGGCAUAAAAUGGCUGUUUUGACAUUUUUGAGGUUGGUUUGAGGAGUUCAAGCUAUGAUCAUCAAAGGAAGUCUGAUUUCAUUCAAUUGAAGAGGUUAUCACGGCUGUAAAACCGGGGGUGCAACAAAAUUAACAAUUUUACACUAACAUGAGGAUUUAAAUAUCAAUAUUCCCUGAAUCCUACUUUGUUCCCUGCUCUGACUGUCGGUUUUUUUUGGGUUUUUUUGAAUGAGUCCUGCUUAUGUAGCUCUUAUGAAUCACUAUUUUUGCACUUGUUUUGUACACUUAAUAAAAUGUUACGCUUUGCUUCAAAGUCGUGUGGUAUGUAGUCUUGUCAUAGUAGUAUAUGGGCUAAUGUUAUUCAUCUGAAAGUGUAUUAGAAUGACUGUCAUUUGUAGAGGUAUGUAGGCACAUGUACUUUUAGUUGUACACUUAAUAAAAUGUUACGCUUUGCUUCAAA